AUAGUUCAUAUCAAAUUAUAGAAACUCAAAUUCGAUCAACAUACAAUGGCAAUGAAAUCUGUUCUCUUGUUGAUCACCCUUUUGGUAGUUGUUUUUGUGGCACCAAAAGCCAAUGCUAUUGCUGUAGAAAUCGGUGGAACUGCACUUUGCCCUUUGAAUGGCACCAUUAAUCUUAAUAUUACUACCAAUGUCACAGUCCCACCUCUUCCUAUCGCAAAUGCUACAGUCCGAGUAUCAAUUGCCGGUAUUGAAAUUGGACCAACAGGAUUAACAGAUUCACUAGGACAAUUCAGUGUAAGUUUCAUUCGAUCUGUGAUAACGGCUCUUAGUAACCUGCUAAACCUUACCACCAUUACUAUUACUCCACCACCCGGGGCAUGCAAUUCAACCCUACCAGUUAACACCAUUCUACAAUCCGUCCAGCCAUUACAAUUGGUAAGGCAAACCAAUGUUUCUAUUCAGUUGAAUGUGACAGGACUCAGACUUGCUAAACUUAAUAAUGUAUGAUCUAGCUAUCAUAAUCAUAUCUAUUUAUAUUCCACCAACAACGCAUGUCGCAUGGAUUGAAGUCACGUACGGUAGUGGAUCGAGUAUAUCUAAUAUAUAUAUAAUGUAUAAUUAGAAUAAAGGAAGAGAUCGAUUGAUUGCGCGCCAGCUCUGAUAUGUGUGCUCGCGUGCUCUCAAGUCUCUCCAUUCCGAGUACUGUAAUAAUAUUGUUCGAUCGUUUCUAAUUUAAAUACUACUCGUAUUAUCAUUGUGUGUUUGAA